CUUGCCAACUCACCAUUGUGAAUUAACGAGGAUUGAUUGUAGAGCUCUAGCACGUCAUCCUUAGUAAAAUGUUUUGAUUUCUUCCUGCCAGGCCGAAAAGUUGCCAGAAAUAAGAGAAUAAUGAAACUUAGUACGAACAUUAAUCAAUUAUGGAAUAAACGACGAACCAAUAUCGAUGAAAACUGGUAUACCUAUUUGUUUUUUGCGGUCCUGCGUUUCGUCCUGGUUUUCAUACAGACGGGCUAUGUCCACCCAGAUGAGUUUUUCCAGUCAAUUGAGGUCAUGAAUGGUGAUCACUUUCGCAUUGAACAUGUCCGGACAUGGGAAUUUAACAAUACAAUGCCGGUGCGUAGCAUUACUUUACCCUUUCUGCUGCUGAGAGUUCCAUGGAGUUUCCUUGAGUUUGCAGCCCUUUAUUUGAGGGAGUACUUUAGCAUAGAAAUACUGUGCAGCUAUACUUAUUUGGUUUUUCCACGUUUGAUAUACUGCGCCAUAUCAUUUGUCAAUGAUUGGGCUCUGUAUCGGGUGUGCAUGCUGUAUAGUCUUCGUUUUGAAAUACGUCUACUGGCAUUGGGCAGUAGCUGGGUAAUGCUGGUAUUUGGCACCCACACCUUCUCCAACACCAUAGAAAUGGCAUUGUGUUCUGUGCUGUUAUAUCUGGUGGCCGAAUGUAUGAUCACCACCAACACCAUUGUGUACAAGAAGGAAAUACUCGACGAGAAAUAUGACAAGGCAGCCUCAAUUGGAGAACGUGUAAAGAUAUGGAAACUGAAGAAUGCUUUGCCAACCCACAAUUUCAAUAAGAUCUUUGCCAUGUCAAGUUUAUGUGUUAUCGGGGUGUUUAAUCGCCCCACAUUUUUAUUGUUUGGAGCACCCAUGGUUUUCUAUUGGCUUCUACGUGGAAUGGGUACCAAAAGUGUAACCUUUACCGACUUCCAUUUACGUAUGCUGUUGUUUUGUGUAAGUGCCAUACCAGCCAUGCUGUUCUUUGUUCUUUGCGAUUCACUGUACUAUAAAUAUUUGACAUCUGGAGAAAUUAUGACCAAGACCAUAAGCAUAGAUAAUUUUGUAUUUACACCCUGGAACUUUGUCAAGUAUAAUUUAGAUCCCAAGAAGACAUCAGAGCAUGGCUUGCAUCCAAAGUAUAUACAUUUGCUGGUAAAUGUUCCCUUGCUUUAUGGCAUUUUGGGAGUAAUUGCCAUGGUUUCCUUUGCCCAAUUAAUGAUACGAUUCUUCAAAGCAGAAUACCAGGGUUUGCCAAGGGCACAAAGUAUUGUAGGUCUAAUGUCGGCAUCGAUUUUUGUACCAUUAUUCUUUUUGUCGUUGAUCAAUCAUCAGGAGCCUAGAUUUCUCAUACCCCUAACAUUUCCCAUAAUUUUGUUGCAUGGACCCAAACUUGUGACUGGCUUCUGCGCCCACUAUCCGUUUCGUGUGGAAAAUCCAUGGCUGAGAUUAUGCUAUGACAAAUUCCUGUGUACGAAAUCCUCUGCCAUGUAUGUCAUGAAAAUAUGGUACUUUGCCAACAUUGCUUUAACAGUUUUCUUUGGUUUUAUGCACCAGGCGGGCGUCUUUCCCAUGGCCCAACACUUUGAACAACAAAUGAAACUUAAGGCCCCCGAUCAGCAUAUACAUUUAAUAACCUCCCAUACGUAUAUGUUUCCAAUGUCCCUUGUAAACAUUCCCAGUACACAAAUGGUGCACUACAAUACCCAAACUGGUCAAAGAUAUAAAAAGCGUAAAGAUUUCUACCUCUAUGAAUACGGUGGCCUGGACAUGCCCCAACUAAUGUCUCGCAUACGGCUCAUCAUGUCUCAUUGUGAGCUGAAAAAAGAAACCAAGAAGCUAAGAUAUCGUUUAUUCUUGGCCAUUCCAUCGUCACUAAGUGAUGAUCUCAAUUUGGCUUUGGUCCAAAGCAAUGCCACUUAUAUGAACUAUGAAUUGAGACAUGUUUUCUAUCCGCAUGUAUCGACAGAAGCUUUACCACAAUUUCUGGGAAGACAUCCUGGUAUUGUUGAUCCACCCCAUUGGUCGGAUGACGACUUGAAAGGUACCUGUCUAUUGGAACAGGAACCCGAGUUAAGUUUUAGCUAUGCCAGCAAACAAUUAUCGUCGUUCAUCCAUCAAUUCGGCUUGGCUUUGUACGAAUUUGAAUUAAAACGAAAUAUGCCGAAAAACAAAAAGACCCUGACCAAGACAAAAUGUUAUACAUAACAAGAACGAUUGCUAUUAUAGAUUGUUAUUUUAUUACAGCUAGUCCUUAAAUGAACCAAAGAUAUUCUGUUUUGAAUAGUAAUACUCGAAAUGAAUGUUUAGUUUAAAUCACUUUCUACAUUCCUGCAAAUGAACAAAUCAACUCUAUACUUAAAAUUCUUAUAAUUUUUACAUUUGUGUAUAUAUAUUUUUAAGAAAGAAUAAAUGCUUUUUAUAAUGAUGGAAUCGAUAAGAAAUAAAA